AUGUGUCAAUGCCUGGAUGGCAAAGACCUCCUGGCUAUAGUUCCGACAGGAGGUGGAAAGACGGCGUACUUUUAUAUGUACAUGCUAAUCCUAAUUGCAAUAUCCGAAAAGCCAUCUCUAUGCAGCCCUCCAAAAUAUGUUCUGGCCAAUCCAGCCAUGGUGAUUGUUUUCCCCACUAAUGGUCUAGAAGAAGAGAUGGAACUUGAGUUAAAGAAAUACAAUCUGAAAGCGCUGGCAAUAAACAGCCAUACUCUGCAUCAGGCCCGAGUGGCAAGACAAGAAAACCUGUGGCUUACUGUUCGGAAAUAUUCCUCAAUGAUACUACUGUCCCUGGAACAACUCACAUCUCCAUCCUUUGAGGAUAUGUUGAACAACAAAUCCUUUCGUCUACGCAUAAGUGCCAUAGGAAUAGAUGAAAUCCACUUACUGGAUACAUGGGGGAAUGGGUUCCACAAUGCCUUCCAGCAAAUUGGUUAUAUAGCUGUCACAGCCACAUUGACAGCAGGACCUGCUACCAAGCGAGUGUGUCAGUUCCUUGAACUACAAACUGGACAGUAUCACCUUAUAAGACACUCCAAUGUGCGGCAUGAUGUGGUACUAGAGAGCGACAAAAAGUUCAUUAUUUUUUGUCAGACAAUCAAUCUUCAAUUCCGACUGCAAACAUACAUCUGGAAACAUGCAUCUAACCGCUCCAACCUCCAUAUUCAAAUCAGAAUGUAUAAUUCACUCAACUCACCUGAAUUUAAUGCAGAAACCUGUUGCCUUUUUUGUGAUGAUCCCAUGGCUCACAUUAUCAAUGCCAUGAAUCCCCUUUGGCUUGGAUACAACCCAGUUGACAUUUCCAAAGUCAUAAUGGUUGGAGUUGUGCCCAAUCCGGAUGAAUUCUUCCAGAAAAUAGGCCGCAUACGACCGGGCACCACAAGAACAGAGACACGGAGAGGAAUUAUGUACGUUACAAAAAACAAAAUGGAUAUAGCGCGGGAGCUGGUGGAAGACGGCGACAAGGUGGUGGGAACCAAGGGUGAGAAAUCAUGUACUAGCGGCACUAUGAUGGACACCAAUAUGGCAUGUCUUGUCAUGGCUUUGUGCAUUGUUUCUGAGCAAAACUGCCUGUACGCCAACCCAUCUGUUGACCCACCUUGCUCCUGCUCAUCAUGUACAGCUGCUCGAGCCUCCUCACCUCCUUCUGCAAUGCCACCACCCUGCAAUUGUGGUCAAUGUGAACCUGAGGUCAAUCCUGAGGCCAAUCCACUUGCCACCCAUGCGCCUGUACCACCUGACAACGAGACAAGGAGUAAGAACAAGCCAAUCACAAAACAGAUGUGA